CUCAACGUGAACGGAUCAACAAGUUAAAGAACUAAAGAAAGAAAAAAUAUUCCAAAAGUUAAAGAGCAAUUCGGAGAAGCAAAAAUAUUUUUACAUAAAUAGCAAAGAAAUAAUUGUGUGUUUCAAAAACCAAUUUUUGGCUAAAAACAUUUAUUGAAAUUUUAUAUUUCUUUGAAAAAGAAAAGAACUAUUUUUCAUUUGUGAAAACAAAAUUUUGUUUUUUGUUCAAUCAACAAAUUCUACAAAUUUAUCAACAAAAAUGUGCUCAUUGAAAGUGUGUUUAAUCGUCGUAGCUGCGUUUAUUGCCAUCGGCUGUAUAAGCAAUACGAAUGCUGCGGUAUUCUCACAACCUGCUGCCUUCCAUCCUGCACACCGCGGCAAGUGUUUCGAUAAGAUCACCCGUCGUGCCAUGCUGCCCAACAAGGAGUACAAACCGAAAGGCAUCUGCGCUGUUAUGACCUGCGACAUCCAUCGUCAAACAAUUAACAUUGAAACUUGUCCUUAUGUGGAGAUGCCCGGCUGUGAGGAGUUAACCAGCGAUCCCAAUUGGUCGUUCCCCAAGUGCUGUCCACAAUUCAAGUGCACCGACUUCAAGACCGGCAAGGAAUUCAUUGUGUCGGCGUAAACUAAGAAAAACUAAGAAGAAAAAUAAAAACAAAUACUCAAAGUGCCACAUGCCAUGCGCGGCAGGGAAGGAAGUCGUAUGAAGGUUGGAUGGCUGCGGUGAUUUGGCUGUAAGGCAGCCAGGAAGGAAGCCGUGUUGUGUACGUGUGGUACGCCAAAAACGUGAUUUUAUGCUUUUACUUACCAAUACUACCUAUAACUACAAUUAAAAACUACAAGUACUAUUUUUAAAAAUGUGUGCAACGUCUGCGUGCUGUUUUUGUGUGUGUGUGUGUGUGUGUAAAUUAUUACUAUCUUUUCUUUUAAUUUUUUUCCUUUAAUUUGCACUUUUGCUAUAAGAAUACUUAUUUUUUGCUCAUUAAAAAAUGUCAUUAGUAUGUAAGAUUAUUUAUUGAAAAAAAAAACAACAAACAAAAUCAACAAAAAAAAACAAAUUCCAAUUGUAAAUAUUCGUAAUUUCGCCUAACUAAUAUCGUUUAAAUUUUUUUUAAUUAAAUUUUUAAUUUUAGUUUUUUUUUCAAAAUUUUCUUGUUUUAAUGUUAUUU